UGGAUAUAUAGCUCCGUCUCGCGGGGGCCUCGGAGGGAGAGAUCUUUGCUUAGCGGGAGGACGAGUGCUCCUCCCCCUCCUCUUUCUCCUUCUCCUUCUUCUUCUUCUUCUUUGGGAAAAGGGAUUGAUUGCGUGCGAACGAGGCCGCGCUCGCUAGCUCUGAGCUGAGCUGCCACUGCCAGUACUGGCUGGAGUGGACAGGUUUUGUGGCGAGUACUAGUCCCAACUCCCCAGCAACAAGCGGCAGGCACCGAGCAGCCAGCCAAUGUAUUCCUCGCACAGGAGCAUCAGCAGCAGCGACAAGACGCCGCCGUGCAAGAAGCUUCACAGGCACAGAAUCCCACACUGAUGGCUGCACCCUACUCUCCAUCUCCAUCUCCAUCUCCAUCACAUCCCACUGCUGCUGCCCUUGUCCUGCUACUGCUGCUGCUUCAUGUCGCGCUUCUUGGCAAGUGUGCGGCGGCGGCUAACGUGACGUUCGGGCCGGGGGAGGAGCUCCGGAGGUACAGGCGGGUCCAGACGCUCCUCACAAGGCUCAACAAGCCGUCUCUCCGGACCAUUCAGAGCCCCGACGGCGACCUCAUCGACUGCGUGCCGGCGCACCUGCAGCCGGCGUUCGACCACCCCAGGCUGCGCGGCCAGAGACCACUGGGCCCGCCGGUGCAACCGAGUGGACACCACCGCCGCCCCAAUCACUCGGCGGACGCCGGAGUGCAGCUUUGGGCGGUGUCCGGCGCGUCGUGCCCGGAGGGGUCCGUCCCGGUGAGGAGGAUUACGGAGGCCGACGUCCUCCGCGCCAGCUCCGUGAGGAGGUUCGGAAGGGUGCCCACGGCCAGAGUACGGCGUGACACGGUCGCCGGCGGCCACGAGCACGCGGUGGGGUACGUUGCCGGCGACGAGUACUACGGCGCGCGUGCGAGCAUCAACGUGUGGGCGCCCAAGGUGAGCACGCCGACGGAGUUCAGCCUGUCGCAGAUCUGGGUUAUCGGCGGCACCUUCAGCAACGAUCUCAACACCAUCGAGGCCGGAUGGCAGGUGAGCCCGCAGCUGUAUGGGGACAACUCGCCCAGGUUUUUCACUUACUGGACGACGGACGCGUACCAGACGACGGGGUGCUACAACCUGCUGUGCUCAGGGUUCGUGCAGACCAACAGCCGGAUCGCCAUGGGGGCGGCCAUCUCGCCCACCUCCGGCUACAAAGGCGGCCAGUUCGACAUCAGCCUCCUGAUCUGGAAAGACCCCAACCACGGCAACUGGUGGCUGGAGUUCGGGUCGGGGGAGCUGGUGGGUUACUGGCCUAGCUUCCUGUUCAGCCACCUGGCGUCGCACGCGAGCAUGGUGCAGUUCGGCGGCGAGGUGGUGGACACGCGCACCGAGGGGUCGCACACGGCCACGCAGAUGGGGAGCGGGCACUUCCCCGGGGAAGGCUUCGGCCGCUCCUCCUACUUCCGCAACCUGGAGGUGGUGGACUGGGACAACAGCCUCAUCCCGCUCACCACCUUCCACGUCACCGCCGACCACCCCAACUGCUACGACAUCCAGGGCGGCGUCAACGCCGUAUGGGGGAACUACUUCUACUACGGAGGGCCAGGGAGGAACGUCAGGUGCACCUAGCUAGCUGCUUGCUUGGAUAGUCGUAGCCACAACAAAUUCAUUUUUCUUUCUUUAUUUCUUUCUUCCUGAAAGUUGUUCAUCUUCUACAGUUGUGCACCUAGCUUGGCUAGCUUGCGCGUCUUCUACAGUUUAUUUUCCAACCAAAGGGAGGGUGGGUUCACUACUUGUUGUAAAACAUGGGUCUCCUGACCUCAACAGUGUAGUGUAGCAUCGUUUCAAAAACAAUGUACUACUAGUGUAGCCAACUCAGUAGUACUACUCCAGCACAUACUACAUGCAUGCAUGCAUCAAUUGUUUAUUGCCAAGCAAA